AUGUCGACCAACGACCUCCAAGCUCUGUUUGCCAACCUCAAACCCAAACCUCGCGAUCCUCCGACGCUCUUUCACAACUCCAGCGGUGCCAAUUUGCCAACCGCCAACCGCCAACAACCUCAGCCUGCUGCAACGCUGCCAGCACCUCCUAGCCCACCUCCAUCUUUCAGAGCAGUGCCUAACGAGAACCAGCACGGUCAGAUGGCUACCAGCAGCGGAUCUGGCUCGGCCGUUACAGCCCAGUCUCUCUUGAAUCUCCUCAACUUCGGUCCUUCACCCUCGUCUGCCCCCAGCGGCAAUACCAAAGCCACUGUUUCCGCCAAACCUGUGGAACGUCCGCCUCAAGCUGAAGCGCCACCUGCGCAAGAGCCAGUAGCCCAUGAAACAUCCGUGUCCGCGUCUGAUCUGGUGGCAAAGUUCAUGAACCCUACGCCAUCUACGCUGGGAGCGACGCAGCAACAUGCAUUCGAUCUGCACGAUCAGGGAGAUGGUGGCAAGCCACCAUUAAAUUCCCUUAGGGACGCGUCUCAAGAUGCUCUACUCAAGCUGCUCAGCAGGUCGCACGCGUUCAACACCCCAGGAGGACAAUCCGUAUUAAGUGAAGGUACAGAACAUCAAAAGUCGCACAAAAUGGGCCAUGACCAGACAACCUCGGCAAGAAAGGGGGCAAACUCGCCGGUCCAAUUCUUUGGCUUAGAUCCCGGCUCUAAAGCGACACCCUCUGCAGCAUCGCGACCAGAAGCAAACCAUUCCAGCCACAGUCAGUCUAUUUUUACAUACACCAACCCUUUCGAAGCCUUGAACGCCUCCCGUUCACAAACACCAAAAGUAGACCGUACUGCUCCGGCGAACAGCGUCGAACUUCCUCGCACAAGUGUCGAGGCCGGAGAGGAUCAAGUUUCGGAUGCACAUUCUGGCCUCGCUACUCCCGAAUACGUUGCCAGAAGAAGAAUCCUUACUCCCAAGCUACCGUCUGCAACCAAGGCAAACACAAUGUCGCGAGAAGUAUCGCUCUCUGCGUCGGACAUGGAGAAGAAGGCUGGUGGCGGAGCUGCCACACCAGCCAAACCAGACCAUGCCCCGUCCCAGCCUGCUGCGGGAGAGAAUGGUGAAGUCGCAAAAGGUGGUGCAGUACCGCUUCUGGCGUCUGCCGAGGGACGAAUCCACAGAAGUCCAGAGGCUGAAAAGACUGGGGACAAUCAGGUCGAAGGCGGGGAUGACUGGGAAGAUGCGGAAGAGUUACCGAGCAAAGAUUCUCCAAGAGUUGUGCCUGUGUAUAACUUCCCGAUCAAACCAUUUGUUUCUAUUACGUUGCAGCUUCCUUCAGCUCCUGAUGUCGGCAUCAGAGAUGACGGAGUAAUGGAAAUCUCACGCUUGAAAAAGGACUUCGAUCAGCUCGAUCGUUCUCUUGCCGCCGCAACCUCAAAGUACAUCACGUACGCACUUGUCAAGAAUGGGGGAAUGCGCAUUAUCAGACAGGAUGAUGGCAGCGAUAGGCAGGUCUUCAAAAACUCCCACGACCGAAUUUUCAACGUCACCUUGUGCACCACUUCUUCCACUGGCGCUCCCUCGGACGAUCAGGCUGUGCUCGGGACCGGUGUCAGUGGCGCCGUGUACUAUGCCACAAUCUCGAGGAGUGGAAACGACCUGUUCGAGAAGGACGAGCUUGAUUCUGAAAGUCUCAUAUUUCCCCCGUAUCCGCCAUCCGAUGAGAACGCCGCCGGCGGCGUGCUGAAGACUCGAGCAAAACGGAGUUCGCGUCACCCCGAAUUCUUUGCUAUCGGCCGGGGCAAAGCAAUCCACCUUAUCUGGCCCGCAACUGCAAUGUCACCAAGAUAUGGUGUCACUGACGACAAUCGUCGUGUUGACGUGGACAAAUUAUUCGAAGAACGAGCACUACAGAUAGCCACGGGAAAGGCUGGCAAAGAUUUCACGUUUAGCGAGGAUGACAGCUUGAUUGUGUCUUUAGACAAGACAGGCAGACUGCGAUUUUGGGACAUAAGAAAACUCAUCGACGAGUCCACUGCAACAUCGGCACGUAUUGCUGGUAUGACUGUUGACAUGCCCCUACUAUCGCUUUCUACAGCAUCACCAGCCGAGAAAUCGUGGCCGACUUCCGUUUUGUUCGUGGACAAGGCACGCCCUUACGUCAAAGGAGGACCUCAGCGGUACGUUCUUGUCGGGCUGAGACAGAACCACACCCUACAACUUUGGGACAUUGCCCUCGGUAAAGCCGUCCAGGAGUUGAACUUCCCCCAUGAGAAUGAGACAGAUGCCAUUUGCAGCGUCAAUUACCAUGCCAAUAGUGGUAUUAUCGUCCUUGGACACCCCACUCGAAAUUCACUCUUCUUCAUUCAUCUAUCGGCUCCGCGGUAUACUCUGAGCUCAUCGUUGGCCCAGGCGACCUACAUCCAGCGUAUCGCCACAAAGGAUCCUGAUCUUCCCAGACCCGACUCCACUGCCUGUAUGAGUGGAAUCCGGGAGAUUUCUUUCGCAGGAAAAGGCAAGCUGAGGAGUGUGGAACUUUUGCCGAUUUAUAGGACAACGGAGGCACAGAAAGCCGUCGAUGUGACAACCCCCUUGUUCGAACUUUAUGUUGUGCACUCUAAAGGUGUCACCUGCUUGAGCAUCACGAAAGAAGACCUCGGUUGGAACUCAGAUAGCAAAGUCAUUCGCCCCAUUGACGCAGCUAGGGAGGGCAUGGUGACGUUGAAAGAAUUAAGGCUCGGAAGUGUGAUUGAGGAAGGCAACCGGAGUAGGAGCCCUGCGGAAGAGGUACAGCAGUCGGUCAAAACAUCGAAGAAGAAGCUGGGGAAGAAAGGCAGUUCUGUAGGGGAACGUGCAGAGGCUGCCCAAUCCGAUCGACAAGACGUCCCCAAAGGUACACCUUCGCAAGUCCUCGGUAACGCUGCCGAACCUUACUCCGCUGUUCCAAACGGCGACUCUCCCAUGGCAAAAGACGGUAAGAAGAGCAAGAAGAAAUCUGCCCUACAUUCAGAAACUACGGGCCCUGGGAAAACAUCUUCACGCACAGCGUCGCCAUCCAAAAUUGCAUCGCCGCCGACAGAUGUACGGCUUGAUUUGGGUCAUACCGCUUCACCGGCACAUGAGCCGAUGCCAACGGUUGCUGCCAAUGAGCCUCCUUCUGCUCCACAGGCUAGCGACAAAUCUGAAGCCGUUACAGUUGGCGUUGCGGACGAGUGGCUAGCCAAGGAGCUUAAGAAGGUGGAGCGUGUUGUCUCGACAGAAUUCCGCAAAGAAUUGAAUGUCUUGUAUCAGAACAUUCAGAACGAUCGUGUUGUGCAAGACUCGUCCUCUGUGGCACGUCAGGAAGCUCUGCUUCGACUGGUCUCCACUACCUUGACGAACAAUGUCGAGAAGGCCUUAUCCCGCAUACUCGCUGCGCAGCUGCAUGAAUCAAUGCUUCCGGCGUUGACGAGUGCCACCAUCCAAGCCGUAAGCAGUCAAGUUGGGGAGACCGUUGCGAAUUCCCUUCAGUCAUUGGUCCCCCGCGAGCUCGGUGCGCAGCUGCCUGUGGUUCUCAGUGCAGCACUGCAGAGUCCCGGAAUCAGUCUAUCCAUAGCAGAGACAGUUUCUCAGAAAAUCUCCAAACAGACCGAAAAUCAACUUGCGGAUAUUCUGCAAAAGGAAGUCGUGCCAGCCUUCAAGAGCCUUGCCAUUGCGACCGCCGAGAAGGCAGCAUCCGAGGUCGAAGUUCGACUACGAAAAGAGAUCCGCCAGUUGGAAAAUGACAGACGACACGAUAUGAGUCGGCUGGAGAAACUUGGUCAAGUGUUACAGGCUACAGCAGAGACUUUGCAGCAAAUGUCCGAUACCCAAGUCGCGUUCCAGGGCCAAAUUCUUAAGGAUCGUCGACAACUUGCUCUCCUUGGGGAGAGUAGCACGUCGACGACGUCGCAGCAGGUAUCAACCGCGCGCAUACCUCCAUCCCCGCAGACCAUCGGUCGGCCAACGCCCAAGGAGCUGAAGACCAAAGAGGAACUGGAAUUCGAAGAGAUCUCUCAGAUGAUGAAUGAGGGCCGCUAUGAGGAGGGUUCAAUCAAAUGGCUACAGUCCUCGCAGCCAGUGGAGCUGUUCGACAAGCUCUUCAUUCAUUUUACACCUGAAUACCUGGCCACCGAUGUAUCUCCGCUCAUUGCCUUCUCCAUUGCCGUCACAGUGGGCAAUUCUUUGACAACUAAUACCGCUCGGCGGCUUGAGUGGAUUGUUGCUGCCUUCAAUGCUGUUGACCUCUCCGACCCAGAGAUCGCCGACCUAGCACAGCACGCCCCGGCCCUGCUGAGCUCGCUUAUUCAGAAAAUUGAAGGUCUGUAUAUGGCAAUUGCCGAGCGAGAUCCAAGAGACCCAGCACUGCAGAUCAUGCCAAUUGUUUCGAAGAAGGCGAAAGACAUGAGAACCUCUUUGUUGGGCGCUGUGGGACAUGGUGGAAUCAAUCAAGGUGUUUGA